GCAGGGGGCGGCCGGUGUCCUCUGGCCCAUGUGGGCGCUGCCGGGCGGGCGGUAUGGCCGAGGCUCAGCAGAGCAGGAUGCAGGAGGCCAUCGACAGCAUGGUGCAGGGGCUGGAGCGGGAGAACAUCCGGAAGAUGCAGGGUAACAUGUUUCGGUGCAGCGCCGACUGCUGCGAGAAUGACAUGGCCUCCAUGCAGCAGGUGCACCAUUGCAUCGAGCGCUGCCACGCGCCCCUGGCCCAGGCCCAGGCCGUCGUCACCAAAGAGCUGGAGAGGUUUCAGGACCGUUUGGCUCGCUGCACGAUGCACUGUAAUGACAAAGCCAAAGAUUCCCUGGAUUCAGGGAGCAAGGAGCAGCAGGUGAAACAACAGCUGGAGAGCUGCGUGACGAAGUGCGUGGACGAUCACGUGCAUCUCAUCCCCAGCAUGACCAAGAAAAUGAAGGAGACUCUGGCAGCCAUUGCACAAUAAAGCUGUGUCUGUUUGGGGAGAGAGAGGGAGACGUGUAGUUCCUAUUAAAAGAGAGACGUGCACACGGAGAUUCGUGUUGGAAAUUGAGGAAUGAAAAUGGAUGACAAGGGUGAUUUUGUAUUUUCCAAGUAUUGCAGUGGUCCAUUCAAGAGCUGGUUUGGUUUAAGGGCUUGGUGGUCUGGGGCUGAUUUGAGGAGUGCCACCAGUUGU